AUGGCUGUGGCCCGGGUGCGGCCACUAUGCAGAGGAUGCCACGUGCUGGCCGUCAUCUACAGCAGCCUUACGCAUUCCUCCUGCGGGGAUUGUCUAACGCGUGUCCUGGUCGGCUGUGCAGUUGGCCUGGUGAUGCUCUUCGUGAUAUGGGUGGUGUGGGACAUACGCACCGCCUGGUGGCUGUAUCCAAUCACUGUCAGUAUAAGGCGAUGCAUAACCGUCUCUUUGGCAAAAUUCUGCAUCAGUCGACCUUCUCUGGAAGAAGGUGCAUUGAUGCCACUAGACAAUGACUUUGAAGCGGCAGGUGCAGACUCGGACUAA